UUUUUGCCAAUUUGUCUACGUUUUUGAAGUGCUCUUGCUAGUGGCAUUGCAGUAGGUGGUGUCAAACGAGAGUUGUUGUAGGUAUCUGAUUUCGGCUGGACACUUGUAAAGUGACAUGUCCGUGUGCCAUGGGCUGUUUUAUCUGCAUCGGAAUGCUGCCGGGACGAACGACUAAGUCAGAGCGAACACCACGUCCGCGAUGAGCCAAGAAAAUAAGAUCUUUUCAUCCAUUGAGGCAGACCUGGACUCUACCCUUGUCAAGCAUAUUCUGCAGGAAAAUUCAAAGAAAGAUGGCGUCCUGCCUCAGCUACACAGCAAGAUCGGAGUGGACUGGAUCAAGGAGACAUCAUCAAAUACUACAUCUAUCAAACUGAAGGGUGAUUACAAGCAGAUAACAGAGGCCCAUGGAUAUCUCUCAAAAGUUGCUAACGGUAAGAGUGUAGAAAAUGCUGCUUCAAAAAAGGGGUCAUCGUCGGAGAAUAAAAGCGAAUCUAAAAGCACAAAAGAGAAGAAAGAAGGUGUAGAAAUGAACAAAAGUUCAAAGAAGGAGAAGGAUACGAAGAAGGAUACUAAGGAAAAUCCAGAAAAGGACAAAAAUGCAACAAAAGGUUCUGAUAAGAAAGAGACGAAGGCAAAUAAAACUUCUAAAGACAAGAAAGAAAAGGACAAGACAAAAGAAAGUAAAGAAAAGGACAAGACAAAAGAAAGUAAAGAAAAGGAUACAGCCACAGCCAAAACUUCUGACAAAAAAGCAGCAAAAGCAACAAAGACUGAACCAGACAACAAUGAAAAAGCUUCUGACGCUACAGAAAAAGCAAAAGAAAAUACAGAAAGUAACAAAAGUACGACCAAAAGUUCUGAAACAAAAGGUGCAAAAGCGACAGAGAUUGUUCAAGACAGCAAAGAGGAUAAAACUACAACCCAAAUUACAGAACAAAAAGAUGUGAAACCAACAGAGAUUGUUCAAGAGAACAGAGAAACACGCCAUGAAUUAAAACUUCCCCAACUGACUGUGGAAGAAACAAAACGCUCAAAGAGUCCCCUUGUCAAAGAAGUGAACCUCGUCCUACAACCAAUUCAGAAGCUCCCAAGACGAGACCCCAUCAAAAAGGAGAUGAACCUGGUAUUGAAGUACGGCAAAGACUCGACAAAAAGUACCAGACCCACAGAAACCGAACUCAUCGUAGAACCUGACAUCAUGACAUAUGUUACCAAUGCUUGCAGAAGCAAGGUGGAGAGAAUAGAAAAGCAGCACAGGGUCUUGUUGUUUUGGGAAGACGGCAGUAAUACAGUCACCUUUCGUCCCAACAUUCCCUUCCACGACGUGAACAUUCAGAAGAGUGUGGAAGCAUUCAAGGCCUUGUAUGACGAAGCCUCAACAGAACUUACCUGUAGCAAGAUAGAUAGACUAAACCAUGGUAUGACAGUCACCAAUGCUAAGAAAGAAUGUGAGAAACUCCAAGAGAUGUUUCCGAAAGUCUACAUCAAAGAAAUCAAAGGAAACAUCUACCUCUAUGGCAAGGUGCAUGAUGUAGAGGAGGUGAAAACAUAUCUACAGCGACAACAUGGGUAUAAGAAAACAAAUUGGGUUAUUGGAAGAAGGCAGUCAAACAACGACAACACUAGUGAAAGAUUGGAUAAUUUCAGAGGCCUGGAAAGGGGGCAUCAGAUUCAAGGUAGCUUACCAAGGCACACCGUAAGACCUGAACUUGAGAAAAGGUACGCCAUAAGACCUCAAAUUGACGAAAGGCUAGGCGUAAGACCUGAAGUUGAGAAAAGGAACUACAAGUUUCCUUUAAGGCGGGAAGCCCCGAUCAGUUUGAACGCAAGACUAGCAUCAGACAGCAAACAGAGAACGACCAGAUUCCCCAGAAAGAAGGAGACACAUCACAACCUUAAAGGCGUUGUGUCUUGUAGACAGAUUGGACUUGCGCACAGGAUGUAUUUUGAGAUCCUGACGUCACUGGACACCAAGAUUAGCAUCUAUCAGGGUGACGUCAUCAAAGAGUGUGUUGACGUCAUCGUGAAUGAGACCAAUGACAGACUGAAGCUGUCCGGGGAGCUGUCCUGGGCGCUUGCGCAGUACGGAGGGAAUGAUAUCGAGGCUGACUGCAGACGAUACAUCGCGACUCACGGGAGACUGACGGCUACACAGGUUGUGCCGACUUCAGCCGGCCAGCUGCCCAGUAAACACAUUCUGCACGCCGUGGUGCCUCACUGGGUCUCCGCCGAGCCCAGACAGAGCAAGAUGCUCCUCUACAAGACCUACGAGAACAUCUUCAAGUGUGCCGCCAAGAUGCGAGUCACUUCAAUAGCCUUGUCUCUACAGACUUCAGGUUCGACUGGGAUCCCCAAAGACGUGUACGCGGAGACGUUGUUCCAGGCAUUGGUGACGUUUCUGAAGACAUACGGACCGCUCCUGAGGGACAUCCGGAUGGUCAACCCUUCCCACCGCACCGUCAGCACAUUUAUAGACGCCUUCAAAACCAAGAUGCCGCUCGUAAACUUUGUGGCAGAGUCUCGCAUGGUAGAGAAGUGGCACUGA